AUGAUACAUCCCUUAUUCAGGCUAUGUAUCCUAGGUACGUUUCUAUUGAGCAGCUAUGCAUGCCUUGAAAAUAGUAUGCAAAAGAGUAUUGAAGUUGUAACUCUCUCUCAUAGUGGUACACGAAUAAAUAGCACUUCGGCAAAGUCUGCGCUAUUUGGCCGAUCAGAUGCUCUUUCAAUGAAUUAUUCAACUGAAAAUAUGCUAAAUAAUAAUUCAUGUGAUUGUAAGAAGAAUUUUUCGUAUCCAGACGUUAUCACCAAUGUUACUAAGGCUUUUAAUAACACACUUGAAAAUUUAGUUAAUCUACAGGCAAACAAGAACCUUUAUCAUAACAUGGGGACACUAAUACAGAAUGUCUUUUACCAAUUGUUGCUAACUGUGAAUUACUUUAACAUGAAUAAGAUCAAAGCAAGCCAGAAGAAUUACCUACAAAAAAGUGAUUUCUAUGAGUUCGAAAGAAACGGUACUGAAUGGAAAUAUAUCUUUGCAUCAAAUUCAGCUUGCAUUGAUUAUAAUAGCACAGCUGUUAGUAAUAAUGUGAUUUCAUCACUUAAUUAUUGCAUCAGUGAUGAAAGAUAUAAUAAAACUGCAGCGAUGUGUGUAGUUUUAAAGUUAUCUCAGGAUUGCUCUUUUGAUGUCAGGCUUCAACGAAGUAGAAACGGGCCAUAUAAGAAUAUCUGGGAUAUGCCUUGCGGAGAAUUACAACAACACAUUGGUUACAAAAAUGGUAUAUGCUAUAAUAGUGAAAAUAAAAUGUUAUAG